GCGAAGGUGGCUGGCCAAUAUCUAUAUAAAUCUGUGCAAGGCAGAGAAUAGUUAAAAGGGGUGUGCGCGAAGGAUGCUCCCAAAGGGUGGGAGAAGGAGCGUCCGAGCGCCGGCGGUUUUUGACAGCUCGGCAGAGAAGGGGAAAGGCCGAGGGGGAUGAAGAAGAAGCCUCUUCAGAGUCCUCACCCCACGCGCGAGCAGCCUGGGCGCUCAAAUCCUCUUUGGAUGCCGAGGGGCUGACCGUCGAGGAUGGGGCUCGUGGUGCUUGCAAGUGGGUCCGAGGGAUCCCGAUCCCAGGCACGCCGGUUCUGAGCAGAAUGGCCCCCUCUCGCUCCCUGACCGCAAAAGGAAACGACGGUGCGCUGUAGUUCCCCCGAUCCUUUCAAAGGAGGUUGCGAUUCUUUCAGACGCGCAGUGGAAACGGGAAAAGACCCCCGCCGAGGUUUUGCGCGGGCUCACUCGCUUUGGAUCGCAAGCUUUGCGCAAGAUUCCUUUGGGGACUUUAAUGGAUGGGUGGCGAGGAAAAGCAUCUUUGAAUAAAAAGUGGCAUUUUGGGGAUGGGUUGGCUUCUUUGCUUCCAGUAUGCUGAAGCCACAGUCUGCCAGUGAAUUCCUCCGGGCGAUGCUGCCCAGCCCGAGCACGAAGAUGCUGCCGCCGGUGGCAACCUCUGAGGAUGCGCUCUCCUGGCUGGAGGCUGCGCUGGCCACCUGCCUGGCGGUGGCCUUGCUGCUGGCGCUGGCGCGGCACCUGUGGGCGCUGCGCUGGAGCCUGAGCCGAGACCGCGCCAGCGCCCUGCCACUGCCCAAGGGCUCCAUGGGUUGGCCCUUCUUCGGCGAGACGCUGCAUUGGCUGGUCCAGGGUUCCAGCUUCCACAGCUCCCGGCGGCAGAGAUACGGCGCCGUGUUCAAGACGCACCUGCUGGGCAAGCCGGUGAUCCGUGUGAGCGGCGCCGACAACGUGCGCAAGAUCCUGCUGGGAGAGCACAGCCUGGUCAGCGCCCAGUGGCCGCUCAGCACCCAGAUCCUGCUGGGCUCGCACACCCUCCUCAACGCCAGCGCCGAGGCGCACCGCCAGCGCAGGAAGAUCCUGGUCAGAGUCUUCAGCCGCGCCGCCCUGGAGAGCUACCUGCCCCGCAUCCAGAAGGUGGUGCGCUGGGAACUGCGCGGCUGGUGCCGGCAGCCGGGCCCCGUCGCCGUCUAUUCUUCCGCCAAGACCUUGACCUUCCGCAUCGCCGCGCGGAUCCUGCUGGGACUCAGCCUGGAGGAGAAGCAGUUCAAGGAGCUGGCUCGGACCUUUGAGCAGCUGGUGGAGAAUCUCUUCUCCUUGCCGCUCAACAUCCCCUUCAGCGGGCUGCGGAAGGGAAUAAAGGCCAGGAAUCUGCUACACGAGUACAUGGAGAAAGCCAUCUCGGAGAAACUGAAGCAGAAGGAUCCUGAGGCUCACAGCGACGCUCUGGAUUUCAUUAUCAACAGUGCCAAGGAGCAUGGCAAAGAAUUUACGAUGCAGGAGCUGAAGGAGUCUGCGAUUGAACUGAUCUUUGCUGCUUUCUUCACCACCGCCAGUGCUACUACUUCCAUGAUCCUCCUGUUGCUGAAACACCCCUUGGUCAUAAAAAAGAUUCAGCAGGAGCUGGUGUCCCAUGAUCUCACCGGGCAGUGCCAUUGCCGCGCUGCAGGAGAUUCUCUGAGAAACCAUCAGUCUUGCCCAGAGACUCUGGUCACCCAUGGAAAAGAGAACAAAGACAGGGAUUCCAAUCCGCCUCUUCCUCCCAGGCUGAAAGGAGAACUAGACAGAGAGACAAAGAGGGAAGUCAGAGUCCCUAAGUUGGGUCCCAUUGCUACAGCAGCCCAAGGAACUGUCCAUGAGACUACAAACUGCCCUUGCUCAGCAGCCAAACAAGAAGAAGCAAACCAAGUCCUCGGCGAGCUGGAAAGACAUGAGCACUAUUGUCAGUCUUACUUGACCCUGGAGAACAUGAGCCGCCUGCGGUACUUGGAUUGCGUCAUCAAGGAAGUGCUACGUUUGCUGCCCCCAGUGUCCGGAGGCUAUAGGACAGCCUUACAAACCUUUGAACUGGAUGGCUGCCAGAUUCCCAAGGGCUGGAGCGUGAUGUACAGUAUUCGGGACACGCACGAGACCGCCAGCAUCCAUCAGACUCCACCAGACAUGUUUGACCCGGAGCGGUUUUGGGUGCCACCGGAGGAGCGGGAAGAGCACAAAGGAGCUGGCCCUGUCCGCUUUCACUAUAUCCCCUUUGGUGGGGGAGUCCGAAAUUGCAUAGGCAAAGAACUGGCCCAGAUGGUCCUCAAGUUGCUUGCUAUUGAACUGGUCAGCACAGCCCGCUGGGAGCUGGCCACAGCACACUUCCCUAAGAUGCAAACGGUGCCUAUUGUGCACCCAGUGGAUGGCUUGCAGCUCUAUUUCCAUCCUCUGAAGCAGGGAAGAGAAAGCAGCGGAAGCAGCAAGACAGAGACUUGAGAACCAUAAACUUCACACGCAUUUCCAGCUGAGGAUCAUGGCAGAACAUGUUUCCAGGACAAAACAUCCGUCCUCUCCCAGUGUAGGUUUUUUCAGCUGGUGCAAGCCCAUUCCCUGUCUGCUGGUUGUGGGAGGGGAAAGGAUGAAGUCCCUGUCUGUGGUCCUUAAUGGGCUGUGAGUUUCCUAUUAGCAUCCAUUCAGAGACAUGCAUCUUUCUUAGUUGCACUUUUUGUUUGUGUUUGUGUGUGUGUGUGUGUGUGUGUGUGUGUGUGCGAUGCCACUUUGGGAUCUGGUUAGAGAAAUCACGGUCCAAAGUUAGAUGUCUCAGAAGGAAUCCUAGGAAACAUUGUUGUCAGUUUUCUAUUAGGAGAAGCAAAGGAUGUGUAGGUCAAGUAGGUCUUGUGUAGGUCAAGUAGAGGGUUUGUUACCUGAGAGUGUUCUGCAUUGAUAGUAGACCUAACGUGCUCCUGGAAAAGAGUCUUCAGAGCUCCUCGCAGCUUAGGACAAGAUCGCUCCUCUGUUAUCACAAUGUAGUGGUGGGUCUGUUCCUGAUGGGAAGGAAAGUCAAUCAACCACUUGCCUGCCAAAUAGAUAUGCUGUAAGUAUAUUGGAAGGCAGGCAUGGGAACUGUCAGAUGAGUGGUGGUGGUAGUGCCUAUCAGAGGGCAGGUGAAGGAGAUGGUAUGUGGAUACAUAUACAGGUCUACUCAGGUGGAGUUCAAUGGCACUGACUCUCAGGUUAAGUGUGCCUGGGAUUGCAGCCUGAUUCAUCUGCCAGACUGCAUUGCUGUGGACUGGUCUUAAUUUCACACCAUUUAGAAAUGCAGACUAGUUAUGGACCUGGGAUGCUAGGCUUUUAGGAGAAAUAUGGGGAGGAUUUCUUAGGUAUGGUUUGCAUCAUGCAUAUAUGUUAUUCGAUUUCUUAUUUCUUCAUACUUCAUAGCUGAAUGUAUGAGCCAACUCCAUUGAAAACAUUGAGGUGAUAUAUAGAUCCUAUUUCUGGCAUUCUGACCUGUGAUGGCUCCUUGGUAAAUUCAAGUCAUUAGACAAUGAUCAUGCACUUAAUCAAGCUUCACUUGGUCAUUGGUCUGCUCAAGAUGCUCUCUAGAAGCUCAGACCAAACUGCCAACAGGGUACAGCUCCCACAAUGAUGGCACUCUGCCCCCCCAAAACCCCUCCCCAGUUCAAAUAGCAGUGGUUGGGUUUAAAUUAGUUCCAACUCACAAAGCAACUGGUUUGUAGAUCGUGGCUUAUGAGCACAUACCUUUAAUUCUGUACCCCUGUUCAUUAUAGGCCAAUGCUGUGUAUUGUAUAAAAUCUCUUAUUCCUGAGUGGUGUUUCUGAAGUCCUCUGGAAAUCUUUUGGCUCAAGAGUACUUUUAGUGCCCCUCUCCAGCUGAUUAUGAAAGCACUUCAUAGAAAUGAAAAAAAAAAAGUGAGUGGGUUAUGCUGCUGGUGUGAGCCAAGGAGGAGUGGAUAGUGGAAUUGUAGAAGCGGUAUAUGUGGUUAAUUUCAACCUGUGGACAGCUCCCAUGCAAAUGUCCAAGCGUGUAGGAUGCUGCUUUAGUGACAUGGGUUGGACAAGAUGUCUUGGUAGCUUACAAUAUUGCAAUAGCAUCUUCCGUUUCCGAUGGAGAUCUGCUUAAAGCUGCUGCUAGGAAUUGCCAUCUCUAGUGGCCCGCGGAUUGUGGCAUUUAGGAUGAUUUGAGAAGAAGAAAACCAGGCUGCUGGCUGUGAAUUAGAAACUCAGAAAGAAGAUGAUUUUU